AUGGCAACUCGUGGGCUGCUGCUGCUGCUGCUGCUAGAGCUGGCUUCUUGGGCAGUCCACGGGUAUCUGCCGGACAAGACAUAUGAAGAGAAACCAACGAAGACGUGUGGUCGCACAUUUAUCCGUAGGGCCAUCUAUGUCUGUGGGAGUCCUAAAAGGCCCUGGAAAGAACAGGACGGCUUGGGCUAUGACGACUCGGCCUACGACGACUCUCCAGGGGACUUCUUCAGUGAUGGAGAAGCCGAAACAAACAACCAAGCCAGCGAACUGGACACAGCUGUGGGCUCCAGCGAGCAGUUGGCCCUGACCACACCCCCCCAGGCCUUCUACAGUCAUCAACCCAGUUGGCAAGGGUCUCCUGCAGUGAUUCGGAGCAGAAGGGAUUUGCCGCCCGGCCUUGCCAAAUUCUGCUGCGUGGUGGGAUGUACGGAUAGUCAAAUCCUCCGUUUCUGCUAG